GGCUCGGCACUUCCGGUACGGGAAACUCCUUGCUGCCGCUGGGCUGGCUUGACAGGCGCGGUCACUGCAAGUAGCUCUGUCUCCUUUCGUCUUCCUCGCGUCCAGCCUUCCAGCUCUUUCGCCACCGCCGUCCCGCAUCUCCUGUCUCUGCAGGCGCCCCUUCCCCAUGUUCCGGGGCAGGAGUCCUGAAAGCGAAGACCCGCUCGCCGGUACCCCAUCAUGUCCGAACUGACUAAAGAGCUGAUGGAGCUGGUGUGGGGCACCAAAAGCAGCCCCGGUCUCUCUGACACCAUCUUCUGCCGCUGGACGCAAGGGUUUGUGUUUAGUGAAUCAGAGGGAUCUGCAUUAGAACAGUUUGAAGGUGGCCCCUGUGCUGUUAUUGCACCUGUUCAGGCAUUUCUUUUGAAGAAGCUCCUGUUCUCUUCAGAGAAGUCUUCUUGGAGGGAUUGCCCAGAGGAAGAGCGGAAGGAACUCCUUUGUCAUACCUUAUGUGAUAUUUUAGAGAGUGCUUGUUGUGACAACUCUGGAUCAUACUGCCUCGUUUCCUGGUUAAGAGGAAAGACAGCUGAGGAAACGGCUAGUAUUUCUGGGAGUCGUGCAGAGUCUAGCUGCCAAGUGGAACAUUCUUCUGCCUUGGCUGUCGAAGAGCUUGGCUUUGAGCGAUUUCAUGCAUUAAUUCAAAAGAGAUCAUUCAGAAGUUUAUCAGAAUUAAAAGAUGCUGUCUUGGACCAGUAUUCAAUGUGGGGAAACAAAUUUGGAGUGUUGCUUUUUCUGUAUUCUGUGUUACUGACAAAGGGCAUUGAAAACAUAAAAAACGAAAUUGAAGAUUCAAAUGAACCUUUGAUAGAUCCUGUAUAUGGACAUGGCAGCCAAAGUUUAAUUAACCUCCUACUGACGGGACAUGCUGUUUCUAAUGUGUGGGAUGGUGAUAGAGAAUGCUCAGGAAUGAAACUUCUUGGUAUACAUGAACAAGCAGCUGUAGGAUUCUUAACAUUAAUGGAAGCUUUAAGAUACUGUAAGGUUGGUUCUUACUUGAAAUCUCCAAAAUUCCCUAUUUGGAUUGUUGGCAGUGAAACUCACCUCACCGUAUUUUUUGCCAAGGAUAUGGCUUUAGUUGCUCCCGAGGCUCCUUCAGAGCAAGCGCGGAGAGUUUUUCAAACCUAUGAUCCAGAAGAUAAUGGAUUCAUACCUGAUUCACUUCUAGAAGAUGUGAUGAAAGCAUUGGACCUUGUUUCUGAUCCUGAAUAUAUCAAUCUCAUGAAGAAUAAACUAGACCCGGAAGGAUUAGGAAUCAUCUUAUUGGGUCCAUUCCUUCAAGAAUUUUUUCCCGAUCAGGGCUCCAGUGGUCCAGAGUCUUUUACUGUCUAUCACUACAAUGGAUUGAAGCAGUCAAAUUAUAAUGAGAAGGUAAUGUAUGUUGAAGGAACUGCAGUUGUUAUGGGUUUUGAAGAUCCUAUGCUACAAACAGAUGACACUCCCAUUAAACGCUGUCUCCAAACCAAAUGGCCAUACAUUGAAUUACUGUGGACCACAGAUCGCUCUCCUUCACUAAACUAAUUUGCCUAUUUAUAAGGAAGAUUGUAAUAGCAGAUGUUGAAAGAGGGAUGCAAGACUGGCAGUUGGCUACAUGAAGCUAUACACUGGUAUCACUGAUUAACUGUAAAUAACAAUUAAAAACACAUUUUCAGUGUUUAA